GGUGUUUCUUUUGGAUAUUUCAUGUAUUUGCAUAUCCGUACUUUCUGUAGGCCGUUAGAAAAGAAGGGAAAGCCCAACAGCUUUCGAAUCUCAGUGAGUGACGUUUAUGUAUUUAAGCCUUGGGCAACCUUCGAAUAAACCAUUAAAUGGUAAAUAACUAAAAUAAUGACAAGGCAACCGGGGCCGCAGUAAUUAGAGUUUUGUGUUUUUCCUAACUGGAAAUUCUAAGAGGAACAAAACACUAUCAUUCAAAAGCUUUGUUUUAGUAGGUUCUUCGCUUCAUAGAUAGUGUAUUUUUGUGGAAGAAAUUUCAACUAGUUAUUUUAUAUGUUGCAAUGGUUUCCAUCCGCCUGGCUUUAAAAUUUAAACGUACAAAUUCACUGAAUGUAUAACAAUGCAUUCUUUAAAGUUGCGUCUUACUGUUUGCCUACCUCUCAUUUAUGGAAAAAACUGAGGGGGUGUGGUAUGGAGUGUAGCUGCGCAUGCGCCGGCGCUCCGCUCAUCCGGGGAUCUGCCAUUGAGACUGUUGGUAAGGAGGCGGGAAAUGGCGUCUGAAGGAGCAACGCCAGAGCGGACGGACGAUCUCUGAACGGAGCUAGCCAAAGGCAGCGUGAGACAGCGGCCGCUCCCCACCCCCGCUUCGUCACUAUCACUGCGGCCACCAGCGGUCGGGCAAGGGCAGCCACCUCGGAGAGAAGACACUGCGGCUCCUGGCGACCGGGCUUACAUGUGACACUUAAGACAAUGAGGCUGAGAAUACGCAAGCCUUCUCAGCAGGUGGGCCUCACCCAUGCGCCAAGGCCGUCCCAGCCCCCCCGGACCAAGCGGAGACACUCGGAGGUGGAGGCGUGCACGGCAGCUGUGGGGCGGCGAGAGGACGACGCAGGGCUCUUCUCCUCCAUCAGGAACUUCAUUAGAGGCACUGCAGUCAAGGUAGUUCAGGAGAACCCUCCAAAGAGGAGCCGAAUCGACUGCAGUGUGGAUGACAGUCUGAUUACGUCCACCCCUCAGCCGCAGGGCCUUUCCAGCAAGGCCGUACGCAGAGCCCGCAGGAGGAACCCUCUCAACGGCGCAGAUGCCAAGGACCAUUACACGGGCAAGCUUGGAAAGCCCAAUGGGAAGCUGGAGGCGCGGGCAGAGGUGGCUGGUAGCCCACCCCGCACCACCCUGCUGGGGACCAUCUUCUCCCCAGUUUUUAACUACUUCUCACCAGCAAGCAAGAAUGGAACGUCGGGUUCCGAUUCACCUGGUCAGGCAGUGGAAGCGGAGGAGAUCGUGAAGCAGCUGGACAUGGAGCAGGUGGAGGAGACACCUACCAGCACAGCCACAUCCACAGAGAGAGCCUGCAUCCCUUUCUACCCCAGCAGCCAGCCACCCGGCUCUGAGGCCCCCACUGAGGAUGGGGAGAUCGUCACAGAUGCUGAUCUGCCUCCUCUCACAGCCCCAGGUGCUACUCCAGAUCCCAGCUACUCUGCGGUCCUUCCCACCAUGCCAGCAGAGGGCGCCUACGAGGAGGACUGGGAGGUAUUUGACCCGUAUUUCUUUAUCAAACACGUGCCCCCGCUGUCGGAGGAGCAGAUGACCCGCAAGCCGGCGCUCCCGUUGAAAACCCGCAGCACGCCAGAGUUCUCCCUCGUCCUGGACCUGGACGAAACACUGGUUCAUUGCAGUUUGAAUGAGCUUGAAGAUGCAGCACUUACAUUUCCUGUUCUCUUUCAAGACGUCAUAUAUCAGGUCUAUGUUCGAUUGAGGCCAUUCUUUCGAGAGUUCCUUGAGCGCAUGUCUCAGAUUUAUGAGAUCAUCCUUUUUACUGCCUCCAAGAAAGUUUAUGCAGAUAAACUGCUCAAUAUCCUGGAUCCCAAAAAACAGCUUGUCAGGCACAGGUUAUUUCGUGAACAUUGUGUGUGUGUACAAGGGAACUACAUAAAGGAUCUGAAUAUUCUUGGGAGAGAUCUGUCAAAGACCAUCAUAAUUGACAAUUCACCACAAGCCUUCGCUUAUCAGCUCUCCAAUGGGAUACCCAUCGAAAGCUGGUUUAUGGAUAAGAAUGACAACGAGCUUUUGAAGCUGGUUCCUUUCUUGGAAAAACUUGUGGAACUGAACGAGGACGUGCGGCCCCACGUACGCGAGCGGUUUCGCUUGCAUGACCUGCUGCCUCCAGACUGAGCUCUGAACCAAGGAAACUAUGGAAACGACCAAACAUCUCCAUACACAGACUCUACUGCUCCUCGGAUUACAACAUUCAGCGUUGCCAUUACUGUUGACAUUUUUAGUUUUUUUCCCUUUUUUCCUUUUAAAGCCCCUCAUUGCUUUUAAAAUGGUUAUUGUAAAAAUAAAUUUAAAGUUUUUGAAGUGA